GGGACAAAAUGACCUAAACCUUCGCAAGGACAUAUAAUCAGCAACUUUAUGACAGAUGACAAUCCCAGAAUACGGCGGUAAGACUCAUCAUAUGGAAUAUUUUACUGACGAAAUACGUUAAUCACUUUGUUUAAUUUCACGAGCGCACAAAUUAACUACCGAAAAUUCGCUGGAUGAGUAAAAAAGGCUCAAUGUGAACAGAAUAAACUCUUCAAGCAACUGGAAUAUUAUAGUCAACAAACAAAAAAUAUAUGUGCGUGCAAACACGUUAAUCUUUCAGUGCUGGUGUUUUAUGGGGUCAAGCAUAUAUAUGACUUUAAUGCAGCAGCAAAAUAAUAAUCCUCUUUGUGUUAUCUUUUAACGAUGGUUCGCGUGCUAUUUCUUCAUCCUGAUUUGGGUAUAGGAGGUGCGGAGCGUUUGGUGGUCGACUCAGCCAUAGCUCUGAAAGAAUGUGGUCAUCAAGUCGGUUUUCUUACUAAUCAUCAUGACAAAAACCAUUGUUUUGAGGAAACGGCAGAUGGUAAUUUGAGAGUGCAAGUGGUGGGUGAUUGGCUGCCACGGAAAUUGUUCGGACGUUUCUAUGCUCUCUGCGCUUAUUUUCGGAUGAUAUAUGCCGCCGUAUAUGCAACAUUCUGCAUUAUUCCAAAGGAACGUGUUGAUGUGAUAUUUUGCGAUCAAGUUUCAGUUGCCAUUCCAGUGUUGCGGUUUGCUCGACCUCGACCAAAAAUCAUUUUUUAUUGUCAUUUUCCAGAUCAGUUGUUAAGCAAAAAAGAGGGUUACUUAAAAAGCCUAUAUCGUUGGCCAAUUAAUAUUCUAGAGGAAUUCACUAUAAACAUGGCCGACAAAAUUCUUGUGAAUUCGAAAUUUACUCUUAAAGUAUUCCAGGAGACUUUUCGGCGAAUAAAUCAUUGUCCCGACGUGUUGUAUCCGUCAUUAAAUACAAAGUAUUUUGAUGAGAUGGAAAAAAAACAUAAUUUGGAACCUCCAACCUAUUUUCGCAACUUGGGGGACUGCUAUGUGUACUUAGAUAUCAACCGUUUCGAGAGAAAAAAGAACCAUCAGCUGGCCAUUGAAUCUUUUCAUGAAUUAUCUUGUAGUUUAUCGGAUAACAAGCCUCGUUUAAUUAUAACUGGUGGUUAUGACGCAAGAGUCAAUGAAAAUGUGGAACAUUUUAACGAACUGAAAGAUUUGAUAAAGGAAACGGACAAGGAACAUGUGAUUUUGCUGCGUUCAUCAAGUGAUGAUGAGAAAUUUCAGCUUCUACGCCGCGCGCAAUGCUUAUUAUAUACCCCAAUUGAUGAACACUUCGGCAUUGUGCCUCUGGAAGGAAUGUAUAUGUCGAAACCAAUCAUAGCUAUUAAUUCAGGGGGACCGACGGAGACAAUAGUUCAUAACGAGACAGGCUUUUUGUGUGAGGCUAACAAAGCGUCUUUUGCUGAAGCAAUGAAAACUGUAUUUGCAAAUAAGGCCCUAUGCGAGCGUAUGGGGGCCAAGGGUCGUAAGCGAGUACAACAAAAGUUCUCGUUUGAAGCAUUUUCUAAGAAGUUAGAUGGUAUUGUGCGAGACAUUGCGGAGUGCGACAAUCGUACUAUAAAGAAACUUGAAUAAACAAACCAAUGCUUAGUAAACGUUUGUCUCAUUUUAUUCGGCAGUACAGAAAAUCGAAAACAAUGACUUCAGUUGGUGUAUUUUAAUUAAGCUUGCUUUUAAUUUAAUUAUAAUCAGACAUUAUAAUAUUGCCACUUGCUUUCUCGCGUUAUUUUCCUAGUUCGUGAUGUAAAUAACAUCAAAUUUCAUCCUCAAACCCGGAUUUCUACUCGCAACGCUGAGAGGGUAUCAGAAUUUAAACUCAAAGCAUCCCCAGCACCUUACUACAGUUCUAAAUAAAGCUUUUUGGCUAUAUGACACUCUUGUCAAAAAGCUUGCCUCAGCUUUCCCAGAUUUCUCAAGGACAUUUGUAACCUCAACUCUUUCAGCGUAAUAACUACUCAAAUGUGUGUGGUGUGUGUGUGUGGAUAACGGGACCCUGCACCUAAUCUUGUCAAACUUGCUUUGCAUUUCAAUUAGUAGUUACUUUCCAUUUGUCUUGCAUGAAAUCGCCCAUCAUCCUUCCCUUAAAACACUCGUGUAAAUAGAUAAUGUCAUUAAACCUAAUUGGUCCGAUCCUGGUCUUAAUCAAUCAAU